UCUGUGUAGUAAAAUUAGGGUUUAGGGUUUAUAAAAAACAUAAAAAUUGGGGGGAAAUGGGAAGUCGUGAUUUUGAUGUGAAGAAGCUAUUGAAGGAUAAGAGGUUUUGGUUCGCUUCUUUCCUUAUUGGUUGGGCUGCUGCUUUACAGGGGCAUAUGAUGUGGUUACAGAGACAAGACACAUUCAAGCAGAAGUUUGGAACCUUAGAUGAUCAAAAAGUUGUUGAUGAUCAACAACAGGAUUCAACUCAUGAUUUAUCAUAGCCCACCGGCUCUAUCGCUGAUCGAUUUGACCACUUUCAGUAUAUUUACUUUCUUUAUAUUGUUGGUUUUAAUGUUUUGGAUGACAUUUUUGUCUGUGUAAACGAAGGUAAUAAAACGCAUGAGGUUGUAUCAGUUUUGUGGAAAUUCUUGUGACUUGGAAGCAAUUGAAACGAUAAGGCGUUUACAAGGAAUGCACAGGAAAGUAACUGUUAGGAUGGACUUGAAUUUGUGGAAGUUGUUGAUGAUUCUGCUUAAAGUUUGUGACUUUUUGGCCA